CCAAAGCCUUAGAAUUUGCAAUAUUUGGCGAAAAAUGUCGUCCCCUAUGAUGACUUCAUCACCAAACAAAUCCAUAAUAAGCAAAGAAAUAUCCGAAGAAGUUGAGACAGAAGAUGAAUUGGGUAAAAAGCUAGCGCAUUACACAUUAGAAGGCAAUUGGGAUGAAGUAAGGAAGAUCUACCGGUCAAAGCCAAAGGCACACACUAUAACGGUUAACAGUUCUAAGGACACGGCAUUGCACGUGGCCGUGGAUUUGGACGAAGAAGAAGUUGUUAAAGAUCUUGUGAAUUACAUCGUGGAGCAUAACACGGGUGCUCUGGAGAUAGGGAAUGAGCACGGCGACACGCCUCUCCAUGUGGCGGCGUCAAGGGGGUUUGCGAAACUCUGCAAGUGCAUCAUGGCGGAGAGGAUAGAAUUGAGGACAUUGAAGAACAAGAAAGGGGAGACACCAUUGUUUUUUGCUGCUCUUAAUUGGCACAAGGAAGCCUUCGCUUACCUCCAUCACACCCAUGAAAGCCUCCCCAUCACUUUUCCGGAGCUUGUCCGCGACCAUGACGGAGAUACCAUUCUCCACUGUGCUAUUAGGAGGGAGCAUUUUGAUUUAGCGGUGAUAAUACUGCAUUAUUUUGGUGAACUUGCUACCCUCAGCAACAACAAAGGGCUCACCCCUCUCAAAGUCCUUGCUACUAGGCCAUUGGCCUUCCCAAGUGGAAUCAAAUUUUCAUGGUGGAAGUUAAUCCUUUACCACUGUAUACUUGUAGAACCAUUGGAUGCCGAAAGUAAAAUGAAAAAGUAUUUGGAAAGGAUGAACAAAACUGAACCCAAAGAAUUGCUUCCAGAGAAUUACACCACAUUAUACGAAUCCUCAAAAUCACUAAUUUCUGUUGGCAAAUUGUUUUUUACUUGGGGAAGUGAUGACAAGGUCGAUGAAGAAAACCCCUCAGAAAAAUAUGAUGGAUUCUUUCCACCAAACUAUGCUGUAAUUUGCCAAUCUAUCAAAACUGCAUACGUGUCUUCUGUUGGUGUUUCUGGACAAGUGUUAAAUAAGGUAAGAAAGACAAAGAAGAAUCACCAAUGGAGUAAUCAACUGUUGAAGACACUCAUGAAAAACGCUUCUGAGGCAUUCACUGGAACUGGCGGUAAACCCUCUGAUGAUUGGAAAGGUGACUUCGACGAAAUAAAUGAUGCUUUAAAUCAACGACAGAACCCGCCAAAUGAUGCUUUAAAUCAACGACAGAACCCGCCGGAAGCCCAUGAACAUCAUGAUGACGACGACAAGGAGGAACACGAAGAUGACGACGACGAGGAGAAAAUGACACCGUUCUUAGUGGCAGCAAAGUACGGCAUAGUUGAAUUGGUGGAAGAGAUUCAAUCGAGGAUACCAAGUGCCAUCUACAACACCAACUUAAAGAAGCGAAACGUGUUGCUGGUGGCAGUGAUAAAUAAGCAACCCCUUGUUAUUGAGAAAUUGAAGAACAUACUAUCGACUUCGAAACCAAAAGUUUGGGAGAACAUGGUGCUGGCAACAGAUUAUAAGGAGAACACAAUGUUGCACUUGGCAGCAAAACAGUCUCUUGGCAAGGACAAGCCUUGGGGCAUAGCUGGCUCUGCUUUGCAAAUGAUGUGGGAAAUCAAGUGGUUUAAGGUAUAUCAUUAGAAGCAUAUUCUGCAUACAUACAUGAUUUUAGAUAUAAAGAUUAAAAAUUUGAUUAA